AUCAUUCAGUUUUUAGUCGUGGCUCAACCACCUCGCCGACAACAUGUGUCGCUUGUUGUCAUUCGGCCAACCGAGUGGUGCUCAUUAAAACUUAACGAAAUGUCAACCUGAAAGAGGAUUUGUCUAAAGUGGACUAUCAGCGUAAAAUUCACCGUGACAUUUAUUUAUUAUUCAUGCUAACAAUUGUCGCUACAAAGUGAAAAAUUAUUGCAUGCAAUAUUCAACAUUUUCAAAUUACACUUGACAAUUACUAUCGUCGUGCUUUUUCAAAAAUGGCUUGUCCCUUAUCUGAUGGCAUUGCGGAAGGUCACGAUCAGGAGAAUGACCAGUCAAACGAAGGGUCUGGAAUGCUUUACGGAGAAUAUCUUCGAUUGGACAAAAUCUUGACCGCACAAAGGUUAUUGAGUGCCGAGUUCAACAAGGAAGUGCACGAUGAGCAUCUUUUUAUCGUCACUCACCAGGCAUACGAACUUUGGUUCAAACAGAUUAUCUACGAACUAGACUCGGUCAGAGCGCUCUUCAACUCCGAACCGAACGGCUAUGACUCGUUGAAUGGUACCUCCAACAAUCACACAGCCGUUCAGAAGAAUCGAGUCCCUCAGAUCCUGAACGAGUCGAGGACUCUGGAAAUCUUGAAGAGAUUAAACCGUAUUGUCCUCAUUCUAAAACUUCUGGUGGACCAAGUGACGAUUUUAGAGACAAUGACACCGCUGGAUUUCAUGGCGUUUCGAGAAUACUUGUGCCCAGCCUCCGGCUUUCAGUCGCUACAGUUCCGUUUAUUGGAGAAUAAACUGGGCGUGAAACAGGAGCACAGAGUCAAGUACAACCAGAGUUACACCAGAGUGUUCGGAAGAGAUCCUAAAGCCAUCGAGGCGAUCAAACGUUCUGAAGAGGAACCUAGUCUCAGUUGUCUUGUUCAAAGAUGGUUAGCAAGAACGCCGGGUCUCGAACCUCACGACUUUGACUUUUGGGGGAAAUACCAAAGAUCCGUGGAGAAGUUGCUCGUAGAGCAAGAACAACACGCUCGAAAACAUACAAAGGAGCAACUUAGGAAUUAUCAUCUGGCGAACGUGCACUCUCGGAAAGCAAUAUUCGAGACGAUUUUUAACGAGUCCCAUCACAACGCUCUUGUGUCGCGGGGAGAAAGAAAAUUCGCUUACGCCGCUCUUCAAGGUGCGGUGAUGAUCACGUUGUACCGUGACGAACCGAGAUUCAGUCAACCUCAUCAAAUUUUGACCGCUUUGAUGGACAUUGAUUCUCUCAUUACGAAAUGGAGGUAUAAUCAUGUUUUAAUGGUUCAAAGAAUGAUUGGGUCUCAGCAACUUGGUACCGGAGGAUCGUCGGGAUAUCAAUAUUUAAAAUCUACUUUAAGCGAUAGAUACAAGGUGUUUUUGGACCUGUUCAACCUGUCCACAUUCUUAAUACCUCGUCACAUGAUUCCACCGUUGACCAAACAGAUGAAGACAAAAUUAUCGGUGGCCUGCAACGGAUGGAAUCCGGAUGACAAUCAAAAUAAUUCUGAAUGUACACUGGACGAUACAUAGGGUAUACAAACAUUAGAAAGGUAACGGAGUUUCGAAUGCAUCAAUUUAGAGUCGAUAUUGUAAAACGAUAUUUUAUUUUGCCGUUUAGCGUAUAAUAGAAUACUUGUAAAAAAUAUACAAAUGGCUGCAUGGAUAAUCGUAUGAUAUAAUGCUAACGUAAAUGUUGUGUCAAUUGUGUAACAGAAUAUUGGAAAUACAGUCUAACGGAUGUUAUUGUUAUUAACAUUAUUGUCGUUUCUCGAGGUUCCUCGAU